UUGAAUAAAUCCUUACCACAUAAUGAUUACAGCGCACACGUCCUGCCUCUGAUAUGAGCGCAGAAGAAACCAGGAUUACAACAAGACUAAUCUGAGAAGCACAACUGCACGAACAACAUGUAACCCCAGCAAACCAUCAGAGGUCGGGGAACGACUGCUAUCGGACUGGGACAUCACUUUACAGCUUUAUUGGAUGUCGAGAAUUACUUAUACAAAAGCAGUUUAGUACACAAAACAACAACCUGAAGCUCAAGGGGAAAACGGAGGCAAGAAUAUCUGCUGGCUGGGAAUCUGCAACUAAAACAAGAAGCUCCGCCUGCCGGACCCAGCCACCUGUUCGUACGGGCAGCGUUCAAUACUCCGGUGCCAGUGUGCCGAAAAUCGGUGGCAUCUUUUAUCGGGGCAAAGAGUACGUGAGACGGGAAGAUGUAAAGAAGGUUUCGGACAGAUUUUGGAACUCGCAUCCAAUGAGAGCCAAGACGCGCAUAACCAGUGACCUUCCCGGACAAGGACGCUUCAUGCUUCUCGACAGGACAGUUGUGGAUAACCGUUCUCCUCUGGCACCAACCCGCUACUUUCCCCCCGUCUUUCCGCACGAGCCUCUCCCUCCCUCCUGCCAUCCCACCCUCCCCUCACGGACGAUGAUGUGACCUUCUGCCAAACUGCUAGAGACCAUGCCACCGUCACAGUGGGAUCUUCUGUCUACACUGAAAUAGACUCAAACAGGAGCCGAGAGCAAAGGAAAGAGAGAGAAAGAGAGUGGGGGGGAACAGGGGACCGGGAAAAAAAACCAGGACGAGUCACGGAGGAGAAAUGUGCUGUGGGAAGUCCGGGCUGCAUGUGGUUCGCCGAAGCAGGCAGUAGGCGACUGAGAUGGGCGUUUAUCUAGGGUGUCUCAGCGACACACUGUGGCUGCCAUUGCUGCUGCUGCUGUUGUCCGUCAGCUCCGUACCCCGUUGCCAGGGCCGACCGUACAGGACGGUUGAGCCCACCGUGAACGUGGUGGUGGUCUUCAGCGGCUCCUCCUACCAGGUGGAGAUCAAAGGUCGACUGAGUCGGGAGAACUUCCUGGACCUGCCGCUGGAGGUGAACCCCAUCACCGUGCUGGUGAACAACACCAAUCCGCGUACCCUACUGACUCGCAUCUGCGACACGCUGGCUGCUAACAGGGUGCACGGAGUGGUCUUUGAAGAUAACAUUGGGUCGGAGGCAGUUGCGCAGAUCCUGGACUUCAUCUCGACGCAGACGGCGGUGCCCAUAGUGGGCAUCAGCGGGGGGUCUGCUGUUGUCUUACCGCACAAGGGUGACGGCUCUACGUUCCUUCAGCUGGGUUCUUCCAUUGAACAGCAGAUCAAUGGCAUGUUUAAGGUGAUGGAGGAGUACAACUGGGACAGUUUUGUGGUGGUGACCAGCUUGUACCCGGGCUACGACACGUACAUUUACUACAUCCGCUCCUUUAUCGAUACUUCCUACUUCCUGUGGGAGCUGCAAGACAUCCUAACGUUCGACAUGUCCGCGGACGGCAUGAACGAUGUGCGAGCCCGUAGGUUACUUCAACAGAUCGACGCUCAGGUGCUUCUGGUUUACUGCUCGCACGAUGAAGCCCAAUACCUGUUCACCAUGGCCAGGGAAGUGGGAUUGGUCGGUCCAGGUUAUAUUUGGUUUAUUACAAGCCUGGCUGUGGGAAACCCCAACAUGCAUCCACCAGACAGUUUUCCCAUCGGAUUGAUUAGUAUAAUCACAGAUCGCUGGAAAAUGAGCAUGCGGAACAGGGUCAGGGAUGGUGUGGCAAUUGUCGUCAAAGGAGUGGAGAGCUUCCGCAAGCAUAGGGGGUUUAUUCCUGAUGGACACAUGGACUGUCAGAGUACGGUUCAGCCGGCUAAAAAUGACACUCUUUACAGGCACAUGCUGAAUGUGUCGUGGGAGAACACAGACUUUUCCUUCAACAGUGAUGGAUAUCUGGUCAACCCCUCAAUGAUCAUAAUCACUCUGGACCGCAGCAGGCAGUGGGAUAAGGUGGGAAAUUAUGAGUUUGGUAUACUGCAAAUGAGAUACCCCGUCUGGCCACGUUAUGGGACUUACUUGGAGCCUGUGUCGGAUAAUCGUCACUUAACAGUUGCCACGUUAGAGGAAAGGCCUUUUGUCAUUGUAGAAGCAGUGGAUCCAGUCACUGGCACCUGCCUCAGCAACACUGUUCCCUGCAGACGCCAAUCAAACAAGACAGAAACGAUUGUUGGACACACCGAGCCCUACACCAAACUCUGCUGCAAAGGCUUCUGCAUUGACAUUCUGAAGAAACUCUCACGCAACAUCAAGUUCUCCUACGACCUCUACCUGGUCACCAACGGUAAACAUGGAAAACUCGUACGUGGGGUUUGGAACGGCAUGAUCGGAGAGGUGUUUUAUAGAAGAGCAGACAUGGCCAUCGGCUCUCUCACCAUAAAUGAGGAGCGCUCUGAGAUCAUCGACUUCUCUGUGCCGUUUGUGGAGACUGGAAUCAGUGUGAUGGUGGCCAGAAGCAAUGGAACAGUUUCUCCAUCCGCUUUCCUGGAGCCAUACAGCCCGGCCGUGUGGGUGAUGAUGUUUGUCAUGUGUCUUACUGUUGUUGCAAUCACUGUGUUUGUGUUCGAAUACUUCAGCCCUGUGGGCUACAACAGCAGUCUGGUUAGUGCCAAAGAUCCAGGUGGACCAACAUUCACCAUCGGAAAGUCAGUCUGGCUGCUGUGGGGAAUCGUCUUUAACAACUCAGUGCCCAUUGAAAACCCCAAGGGCACUACCAGUAAGAUCAUGGUGCUGGUGUGGGCCUUCUUCGCCGUGAUCUUCCUGGCCAGCUACACCGCUAACCUGGCAGCCUUUAUGAUCCAGGAGCAAUACAUCGACACUGUGUCCGGGCUGAGUGACAAAAAAUUCCAGAAGCCACAAGACCAGUAUCCUCCAUUCCGAUUCGGUACGGUGCCCAACGGCAGCACAGAACGAAACAUCCGGAGCAACUAUCCAGAGAUGCAUGCUCACAUGGUGAAGUACAACCAGAAAGGUGUAGAAGACGCCCUCAACAGCCUCAAAUCAGGGAAGUUGGAUGCCUUCAUAUACGACGCAGCUGUGCUGAACUACAUGGCUGGUAAAGAUGAAGGAUGUAAACUUGUGACUAUCGGUAGCGGGAAGGUGUUUGCAACUACAGGUUACGGUAUCGCUCUUCAGAAAGAAUCUCGGUGGAAGCGACCCAUUGAUCUUGCUCUUCUCCAGUUCCUUGCUGAUGGUGAAACUCAGAAGCUCCAGACCGUGUGGUUGACUGGCAUCUGUCGUAAUGAGAAAAAAGAGGUGAUGAGUUCUAAACUCGACAUCGACAACAUGGCCGGAGUGUUUUACAUGCUUCUGGUGGCCAUGGGUCUCAGUCUGCUGGUCUUUGCUUGGGAACAUCUGCUGUACUGGAAACUGAGACAUUCUGUCCGCAGAUCUGAACGCUUGGAUUUCUUAUUGGCCAUCAGCAGGGGGAUCUACAGUUGUUAUAACGGUGUGGAGGACACAGACCGUAAUGGGAACCUGCAGAACCCAGAUGUCACCUCCAGCUACACUCAGGCCAACAUGCUGAAGAUGCUCCAGACGGCCAAAGACAUCGUCUCUUCCACGAGAGUGGAAAACUCUUUAGACAACGCCACCAAGACCAUCGAGAACUGGAGUCGCAGAGACCCAGAGUCCGCCAGACCAAGUCUUCCCACAUGCCUCAUAGGAACUGACUUCAGCCACAAUCGCCUCCCCUGCAUAUCCAGCGUAACAGACAACCCUUCCUCUUACCCUCAGAACGUGGACAGCACUGCUCAGCACCUGCUGGAGAACCCUCACGUGGGGAUACGGCCUACCUCACUGCGCUACACCCUUCCCACACGAACCAGCCAACAUCACAUUUACGAACGAGCACUACCCAUAUCUAGCCUCAGCACUCCCCACAUCGCCAUGAGAGACCCGCCACCUCUGACGGCCCCGAAACCCCACAUGUACGUGGAUCCGUCCUGUCACCACCCUACCUCUCGCUACAUCCCGUACCGUGAUUUUCAGGUACCGGACAUCUUCGUGGAGCAGCAGGCUUCGGGAAGCCAUAAACAAUACAAGGCAGGUCUCAGUCGACAAAAGAGGUCCCACAGCUAUGUGGCGGCGUCUCCAGAGACUCGACGGAGGGACGACUAUGACGUUCCCCAAUCCUGUCUGGCCGAUCUUAAAUGCAACCAUCUCGUGGAAAACCAUUCCCACACCACACCCUGCAUGAGAAGCCACUACCAGAGAACGACGUCAAGCUGCAACUCCUGCACAAAGCUGUAUCUAGAACCAGACAUGGAAGACAUUCCGCUUCUGGGGAAGGAUAAAAUCAACCGCCGCGCCUCUUUUCUCAGGGCCACGUGGGGUGGCGACCGCAUCCGGCAGGUGGACGAGAAGCCCACCACCUCUGCGUCUUCUAGCAACAUGCCUGACCUUUUCCCGCGAGUUUUAGUGACAAAUCCCAAGCCUUCGAAGAUGUACGGGAGCGCCGGCAACAAUCUUCGUUACAACAUGGCGGUGGAGCCAGCCUAUCUGGACCCCGCCCAUAUGGGCUCCUACCCGUAUAAACCACAGAAGAUCAAGUACUCAACGUCCAUCCGUCUUCCAUCAUACCGGGAGGCAAUUCUACAGAACACGGCAGCCUUGCGUCGUUCCUCCUCCACACUAGUUCACGGACACUAUUCGACGUACCUGAACUCGUACACUGACCUGCCGAUGUACCUGGGGCCUUUACCAGGACCCACCCAUUUCCACGACCACUCCAAAGACAUGUGCCACUUGUUUCCCUGCGUAAACCAUUGCCCAGAUAACGCCGCCCUGGUGCCCAGGUUAGGCACCAGACACACGGCGUACCAGAGCACAGCUAUGGGGGGCUACGAGGGGCCCGGGCGCUCAAAUGAGCAGUUGCUGCACACCGUGCCAGUGUCUUCUGUGCGUAGGGACCGCAGGCAGGUUCUAGUUGCACGGAAUGUACACAGUCCCUACGCCCCGAGGCCCUGGGGGAGGGUGUCUAGUCUGGAGUCAGAGGUGUGAAGCCCUUUUAGGAUGUUAUACAGUGUCCCUAACAGGACAAAAACUGCUCAAUGGAAUCAAGCAAAAAAUCGAAGGUGUACUACAGGUGGUAAUCUCAGUGCAAUAAAACAAUAAGACUACAGGGAUGGGCCGGGGGAAUAUAGAAGGGAUUACUGUGGAGACUUUCAUUAUAAUGAAAAUAAAAGUUAAAAUAAUAUUGAAAUGUUCAUUAUAUAUAAUCUAUUGAUUGUUAAAGCAUUUUUAAUGACCUUAUACCUACUACAUUAACAAUCGGAUAUAGCAUGUUUUAUGGCAGCUUUAAACCAGAGGGGUUUUAAUUCACAAUGUUUAUUUCUUUUGCCAGGGCGCUCUACUAUUUUUAAUCUGGACCCUAUUUAACUGUAGAAUUUUAUAACAGCUACACACAAACGUCUUCCAAGAUUUUAUAAAUCCAGGGGUUUGAGAAAGCCAUGUUAAAUCAAUUUUGUCACUCCGCAAAUGUAAUAGUUCUGAUUUCCGAUGAAUGGUGCAAAAGGUGAUCAACAUCUGUAGUUCCACAGCUAUUUCACGGUUUAAUAAAUGAUGAUAUGGCCUGAUGGCCAGUCGAAAGAGA